AUGACAUCUGAAACAAAAAAAUUAUCUACAGAAUCCAAAAAUACUGUCGAAAUGGAUCCCGAUAAUCAAUGGGAAACAAAAGUCGAACUAGAACCUCCAUCAAGUAAUUCGAAAAAUUGGUCAUGGAAAGAAGUCGGGAACGAACAAUGUCAAAUUUGUCUAGCUCCGGAUAGUUCUUUGCCAAUCUUACCACCUGAAGAUACAACUCCACUUGAAAUAAGAUAUCCUUUGGAUAAGGAAGCUGAUGAUACUAAUGUAAUAGCUGAUAAAAUCGGUCACAAACAAGGUGCAUAUAUCGAAUUGGAGGAUGGGACUGCAUUGUUAGUUGGAUAA